GAAGAAGAACAACAACGAAAGUGUCGAUGUUUGCGUGUUUACAUCUCAAACCAAUCACUGUUCAUACGUAAAGCCUGUAACUAUUGAGAGAAUGCGCACAUUUUGAGCAAGCGUCCGCUUUCUUUUUCAGUCGGUCCAAAGUCGGAUGGAUGUUUGUGAUUAGAGGGUUUGCAGAUUAUAGAAGAGAGAGUCAUGGCGAUAGCGCACGCCGCCACAGAGUAUGUGUUCUCGGACUUCGUGCUCAAGGAGCCCGCGACAGAGAACAGGUACAAAGGCAUCCGGCUGGAUCUGGCGCUGGAUAAGAUGGUCACCUGUGUCGCGGUGGGGCUGCCUCUGCUGCUCAUCUCUCUGGCCUUCGCGCAGGAAGUGUCUGUCGCCCCUAAAAUGAACUCCUCUCCUCUCUCUCUGCAGUUUUUCCCUUAUAUCCUUUUGCUGGUGGCAGUAUCAGUUUACAUGCCAGCGUUGUUUUGGCGGUUCACAGGAGCUCCUGUGCUUUCUUCUGAUCUGACCUUUAUAAUGGAAGAACUGGACCGUUCCUAUAACAGAGCCAUCAAACUAUCUAAAUGCCUUUACACAGCAGGAAAACUGGACUCCGAGUCAGCCCGCAUGGGCUCACACAGCUCUGUGAGAGAUCUUACCGAGAGCUACUUUAAAUAUCCUCUGGUGGAGCAGUACCUGAAGACCAAACGCUUCUCUCGAGGAUUACUGAUCCGGUACCUCCUCUGCCGCACCAUCACUUUCUUGGCCCUCAUGUUAGCCUGCAUCUACCUUUGCUAUUACAUCCGUCUCUCCAUCACAGAUGAGUUUCAAUGUGACAUUCGAACUGGCGCGGUUAUCAACGACUCCUCAGUACCUCCGGCCAUGCAGUGCAAGCUAAUUGCCGUGGGCAUCUUUCAGCUCCUGAGCUACAUCAAUCUUUGUGUGUAUUUGCUGCUGUUGCCAUUGUGCUUGUACGCCAUGUUGGUUCCAUUCAGAAGGACCAUGGGCUUCUUGAAACCGUAUGAGAUGUUACCCACUAUAGGGGUAAUGCAGUUUGGGCAGGUGACCUGGGAUGAUCAAGCACUAUAUCUGCUGUUUCUGGAGGAGAACCUCAGUGAGCUGAAGAGUUAUAAGUGCCUAAAGGUGUUGGAGUUGUUAAAAGAGGGGGGAGACGAUUCUUUUGACACCAUACAGCUGUUGCAGACACUUGGACAAGUUAAAACAGAUGUGGUGGAUGGCAGAUUGCCAGGAAAGGACCAGAAAAUCUCCAGCACCAACAAUGGUGACACUGAAUUGAAAGAGAUAUCUCCACUGCUGCAGGACGGCGGAUUGAAAAAUCAUGAAGAUGAGAAGGUUGUGCGCCAGAGGGUGAUCUGAACUCUCAUUGCAGUUUACGGUGACUGCCUGCAUCAACAUCUGGAACAGAUAGAGGAAUACAUUUUGGGGGAAUGGAGGAGAACAGUGGAAGUCUCAUCCUUUCAUAAAUGCAUAACUGAGAUCCACUAAGACUGCAGUUGAAUUCUGUUUUAGUGCUUCUUGUAGUGGGGUUGGGGUAUUAACUGUUUUAUAUUACUUUAAUUUUUCACAUUUAGUUUAAUAGUACCAUUCAUAGUAACAUUUUAACUGCAGAAAAUGUGUCUGGCUUGAACAGUUAUACUGUUGUUAUCACUAAUGUGACAACAGUACCUAUACUUGACUUGAGAAAACUGACAUAUUUAGUUGCAUGCUCACAUUGUCACCCACACAGACAAAAGCUGCCUGUGAGCAUUUGCUGAUUCUCUCAGUCUGAAAUAAUGGGAAAAUUGGAAUAAACUGAAAGAAAAUGUUAAUCUAUGGAGCUUCUUUUUGAAAUAUGAAUUGUGGGAAGAGAUGAAAGAAAUGGGACAACGGAUCAUCUUCUGUUUCUGCGAAGAUUGAUAUUGUCAAUUUGUUUACCUUUCUGCAUCCAUGGUUUUUUUUUAAUACUUGUGUGAAUUA